AUGAAGGAUGUGGAGGAUUAUCUGACGAAACACUCUCUAGUCUGUUUUGUACACUACAGACUGACGGCAGAUUACCCACCCAAUGAGCACACGACCAUCUGCUACCUUUACGAAAUCCAGAUCGUGCAGGAGUUCACCAAACUGGGGAUCGGAAAGCACCUCAUCGGUAUGUUGGAGGCUCUGUGCAGAAGAAUCAAUAUACCCAAAAUUGUAUGCACCGUGUUGAAGAGCAACGUUAAUGCCGUUUCGUUUUAUAAGACCAAGUGUUCCUUCAUGAUGGACGAGAGCUCACCGGAUAACUUCGCGUCGGAGGACUCGGAGGAGUGCGAAUACGAGAUAUUGAAGCGGGUCGUGCGCAGCUAG